AUGAGAGCAGAGGAUGAGAGUGAGAGUGAGGACUCAAAUUGGGGUUUGCUGCUGCAGCAGCCAGAUGCAGCAGCAGCAGCAGCAGCAGGGGUUUCUGUUGCUGCUGUCUCUCGUGUUCUUCUCUAUCCCAAUGAGGCCCCCACUAACAUUAUACAUAAUCAACAAAUACAAAACUCUAUUAUACAAGAAGGGGAGAAUACAGAGAUGGCAGCGCGGGAUAUAGAUGAGCUCCCAGCAGUGGCUGCGGACCGCCAGCAGCUACCUGAACUUAUGAGGGAGGCUGCGGACCGCCAGCAGCUACCUGAACUUAUGAGGGAGCAGCAGCAACAGCAGCAGCAGCAACAGCAGCAGCAGCAGCAGCAGCAGCAGCAGCAGCAGCAGCAGCAGCAGCAGCAGGAGGAAGAAGAAAUAGAUGAUAGUGUGAUUGAGGCCCCUUUAGAAAGCCCUAAAAGCAACAGAACAAGCAGCAGCAGCAGCAGCAACAAGCAGCAGCAGCAGCAGCAGCAGCAGCAGCAGCAGUGGGGGUAG